UCUCUCUCAUAUAUUAAAUAAUCCAUUUACACACACUUAUCACCUAACCAAGCCUUUAUUUAAACUUAAUUCAUAUAAAAAUUAGACUCCCACCUAUUGCACAUAUAAAAGCAAAUCCCACCCCUCUAUAACACUAAUCCAUACACAUACACAUAACAUGCUAACAUGACUACUACCACCACCACCGCCACCACCACCACUCUCCUCCUUAUUUUCUCUCUCCUCCCUCUCCUCUCCCUCCCUCAACCCUCCCCUCCUCCUUCGCCCUCGCCUCCGCACUCCGCGCCACUCGCGCCGAUCAACCCGCGCCUGGAGAAGGCGUACGUCGCGCUCCAGGCGCUGAAGCAUUCGAUCACCGCCGACCCGAAGAACUUCACCGCUGACUGGUGUGGCCCCUACGUGUGCAACUACACCGGCGUGUUCUGCGCCCCCGCGCCCGACGACCCCUGCAUCCUCACCGUCGCCGGUGUCGACCUCAACCAUGCCCGCCUCGCCGGCACCCUCCCGGAGGACCUCGGCCUCCUCACCGACCUCUCGCUCCUCCACAUCAACUCCAACCGCUUCUCCAGCGCCCUACCGCAGUCCUUCUGCGAGCUCAAGCUCCUCUACGAGCUCGACGUGAGCAACAACCGCCUCACCGGGCCCUUCCCCUCCGUCGUCCUCAAGCUACCCUCGCUCAGAUACCUCGACAUCCGCUUCAACAAGUUCUCCGGUGCCGUCCCGAGCGAAGUGUUCGACCGCGAGCUCGACGCGUUCUUCGUGAACAACAACGAGUUUGAGUUCGCCCUCCCGGCGAACAUCGGGAACUCGACCGCGUCGGUGCUGGUGCUCGCAAACAACCGGCUCGGCGGGUGCCUGCCGGAGAGCCUGGGGGACAUGGCGCGCACGCUGAACCAGCUGAUACUGCUGAACAGUAAUAUCACGUCGUGCAUUCCGCAGAGCAUCGGGCGGCUGGACAAGCUCACGGUACUCGACCUCAGCUUCAACAACCUGGUGGGGCUGCUGCCGGAGAGCAUAGGGAGGAUGCGGCGGCUGGAGCAGCUCGACGUCGCGCACAACGCGCUCUCCGGGGACGUGCCGGAGAGUGUCUGCGAGCUGCCGAGGCUGAAGAACUUCACUUACUCGUACAACUACUUCUGCGGGGAGCCGGACCGCUGCCUGAAGGUCCGGCGGCACGACGACCGCGACAAUUGCAUUGCCGGCCGCCCCGACCAGCGCCCGCCCGACGAGUGCAUCGCCUUCCUCCACCGCCCGCCGGUUUAUUGCGAUUCGAACGGUUGUAUCGCGCCGCCACCCCCGCCGCCGCCGCCUCCACCGCCGCCGCCGCCGCCGUAUUGGAGAUGAUUCUAUAUAUAUGAAUUGUGAUUGAAACAUAUAAGAAUAUUAUUGUUGUAUCAUUAAAAGGUUAUUAAUUAAUAAUGUUACAGCUUUUUGUGGGAGUUAGGAGUGA